AUGGCCCAAUCCAGACCUACCUCCAUGGCGAUACCGCCACCCUCAUUGCGAGACAUUCUGUCCAACACCGCGCCCCCACCAUAUACCUUUGGCGCCUUCCUCGCCUUCCUGUCUCACAACCACUGUCUCGAGACGCUCGAGUUCACCCUCGGCGCUGACCAGUAUCGCAAGGCGUAUGACGAGAUCAUGCUCGGGAGAUGCCGUCCCACACAUGAUGGCCUCCAUCAGCUCCGACUUCUAUGGGAGAAGCUCAUGAAUGCUUAUAUCCGGCCCAACAGCAGCCACGAGGUCAACCUUCCGGCUCACGUCCGCGACCGGCUUAUGCAGCUCUCUUGCGCUGAGCAACCGCCGUGCCCCUCGGAGCUCGACCAAGCAGUGGCUUACACUUAUGAUCUCAUGGAUGGUUCGGUACUCGGACCUUUCCUCGAGUCACUAGCACCUAGCCCUGAGCCUUCUCCUGCCCCUACUCAGCCUACUCAUUCUCACUCACACUCACAUUCUCACUCCCACUCUCACUCUCACUCCCAUUCCCGCUCGUACUGGAACAACCUGGUACACGAUCCCCGACGCACACAUGGUGGAGCCUCACCUCCUCCUCGCCAUGAUGGCCCGCACUCGAACCGAUCAUCAAAGGCCAGCGGCCUUCUUCCUCUGCACACUUUCGGGUGGCAGAGCGAGACCUCCAGCCGAUCGGCUUCCUCAUCAACUGUGGCCGACUCACCUAUCGACGGCUUCACUGAUGACAGCAGCUCAGGAUAUCCUUCUGGCAACGAGCCCAUGACGCCACCCACCACACCGCCUAGCUCAGACUGGACCUUUGGCACCUCCCCCAGCGGUAUCUCCAGGGCCAUGCACACCAGCGGCUGGAAGAAGAUGGGCGAAAAGCUUGGUUUGGGAAAGAAGAGCCGCAGCAAGCGCUCCCAGACCACUAGCGUCAUGCCAGCUCUUGAUGGAGCCCCCUCUUCCCCCUGCCUCUAUCCUACCAACUCGGGCGAGUCUACCGACUCGGACGAUUCCAUGGUGGAUGUAGCAGAUGUCAAGUUGGAAUCCCCUCUUCUGGGCCAAUGGGAAGAGUCCAACCCCGGUCAGCAUAUUCCGUCGCCAAUGGCCGGUAAUGAUCAAGAUGCUGGCCACGAGGGGAGGCUUCACAAGGAUGGCAUGGCCGCAAAAGGCUAUACGCCAUAUAUCAAGACGACGCCUGAAGGCGUCGUAAGGCGAUUUACUCGCCCCAGAGUUAGAAGGGCAGCUUCGAGCAACCCCAGAGUCAUCGGUGACAAGUCAGCGGCCACCAACAGGCCCGCUACCAGCAGCCCGCUUCGCACUGUCUCGGCCUCGAACCUCCGCUCCAAGUUCCUCGCUAUUGAUCACUCUCAGGAUCAGUAUCUCAAGCCUCCCACCGUGGAUCCUUAUGGCUGGGAAGCUGCCUACAGCGGCGGCGAGAAGCUGGAAGCCGAUGGCGAGCAGAUCUGCCUGGAGGACUUUGGAUUGGACGAAGCUACUCUUGUCAAGCUGACCUACCGUAGUGCUGGCGGAGAGCGUCGCAAUCUAUUCCACCGCAUGUUCGCCCAUGGUCCGAGGGCAGAGGGUGCUGCCACGGCAACCACCUGGUCUCUUGCGUCCAAGGCCUAA